AUGAGGCAAUAUCAGCCACUAGCCCCACUUCAAUACCAGGAGGAGGUGGCCAACUCUCUCAGAGCGGCGCCGGUGAUGUUUUCUUAAACGUCAAUGAUGGCACGUCAGGUUUGUUUGAUGCCGAUGAUGAAAAUGAAAAACAAAUGAAAAGCGGGGGACUGCUGGCACUUGGUGGAAAACAGGAUCUAGAAGACAAGAUCAAAAAUAAACAGCAAAUAGUGUUGAAGAUGAAAGCAGUAGAUGAAGAACAAGACGGGGAAGCUACGGAGGACGAGGUAGUCGGGGUAAAGAAAAAGUCUUCUCGCAAACACGUUUCGUCUCAUGCGGGUCACAUUGGAGUUGUUCCAAGCGGUGCGAUGGCAGCAGUAACAGCUUCUUCGACCUCGAGACAAACCGCUAGAUUUAAAUCGAAAAGUAAGCGCGACGUUUUCCUGGCGGAAUCUAGUGCUGCUAGUACCUCCUAUCAUGACGAAACGAGCACUGCGGCUCAGGAUUCUGCCUUUUUGUCAACGUUGCAAGAACAGCUCGCUGACAGUCGAAGAGACGUGUCGCUUCUUUUAAGGCAGGGCCAUCCCACCUUUCCCUCUUCCAUAUGAACUAAGUAGGUACAGUUCACACGACCUUACAGGAUAGAACUACUUGCUGCCAACUACAUGCAUGAAGAUGGGCGGCAUGGAAGACUACAGCAGCUAUGUCUGUAGAAGAAAACAAUAGCCCUAAUGUUUCGGGCGCAGGGGUUCGAGACUACGAAGCUACUCGCAGCCUCUAAAAAGGCAACGCAUCGGGCUCGUGGUCGUUGCGAAGAACUACAAGGUGAAAUCGAGAAGCUCAAAAAUGCUGCGGAAGAGCGGAGUCAGCAGCUUGCGGUGGCGUCAGAAGAACGCAAAAAAAGGGAAGAGAACCAAGAACAACGGACACGGCGUGCCGAGGCGUAUGCAUCGCGCGCAGCAAAAGAAACAGAACACUAUGCGUCAAACUUCUUAAUUGGAGUUGGAGAGAGCAGUUGGACGAGGUAGUUGAUCUUGAUUGUCAUGCAUCUAAAAUGUUCUUGAUGAUUUUCUCUGUGUGAGCUCGUUAUUUUCACUAUGUUCAAUUUCUCCCUCAAGCUGAACCUGCUGAGCCUGAAGCUCGUGUUGUACUCUUAGUAGAUACGACGAGAUUGAAAUUAAUAUUGAUGGUGAUUACUUGUUGCUCCUUGAGCAGUUGAAACCAUCUUAAUUUCUUUUUCUAAGAAACCCUCCGGCAGUGGGGAGAGAAGAUUCUGCGACAGCGAAGCAUGGUGGAGCGCUUCCUGGUCGAAGCUUUGAUGGAUGCUGAGAUGACGAAAGAGGAACCAAUACCAGUGCAACUACACCUCAGCACCGAACUAGAGGAAAUCAAUCCACCCCACCGGACUCCUACUUCUCCUGAGGCGACUUCCAUAGCAGAAGCACAUCGUUCAGUGAACACAACGCUGAACAAGAAUAUGAAUCGAAAGAUGAUAUCAACGGAAGAAAUGCGAUUUCCCGUCAAAGCAUCUGCCUCUGCGAUAAUAACACCACGAGCAAGUGGUGAGCCAUCACCUCCAGGACCAGCAUCAACCUUGCUGGAACUCGAAGACGCGGAUCGAGGCGGCCGAGCACUUGCAAUCAAGCACAUGACUAGUAGCACAAGCGGGGGUCACAGAAAAAAUGCUGAGGAAGAAGAAGAGCAUCUGAGUCUUCGUCAAGUCGGUCCUUCGGGGGCGGUGUCGCCACGGCAGGGCGCCGACAGCACAAAAGAUUCAACAGGAGUCAUUAAAAAUGGUGAUGAAAAAGCUCCAUUAGUGGCCUUCAGCACAGUAUAUCGAAAGCGGCUCCAGUUGACCAUGCAGGGUGAACUCGUAACAGCGGAGCCGUUACUGGUCGGCGACAUGCGAGAAAAUCUUCGAAAAUCCAAAAUAAUAUUGAACCAAGAGAUGAACAAGAUAGAAGAAAGCCAACGCCAAGUGAUGAUCGCAAGUAAUAAGGAAGGAGAUUAUAAUCAUUCCCAUGGUGCGAGCGUUCAAGACAGCUAUCUUCGCAACCUUCUACUUGGCGAACACGUACCUCACGCUGAAAAUGGGUUAUCUUCAACACGCGCGCACGACCACCAGCAAAAGCAGGACGAGAACAGAUCGUCAGCACCUGGUGCGCGUCUUUCCCGAGGUUUGCUGGAUCGCAUAUGGACUGCAGUUCGUGAUCGUGCUGCGCUGAUGGCGAGUAGACAGCAGCGAGGAGGUCAAAGGAUGGACGAGCAGUUUGCGUACUCGAUCGUCCCAGUUUACUCUUGCCAAAACGACGAGGACAUGAGCUAUGAUCUCCGUAUUACGGAGCAGGACGACGACCACGACUUGAACACUUACCAACAACACCAAGAUUGCCAAGGUGGGCGUGUGCACGACUACAGCGACGGUUCUUCAGGUGCAGGAGGACUCUCUGUCAGAUGUUCAACUGCGGGCUCUGCACCACCGCGUUCAGCUUCAAGGAAGACACAGCAUAAAAUGAUAUCUGUUGACGACCACGAUGAAAAUGCUAGAGCAGCUCUUACACGCAGCAUCAACCAAGCAUCAACAACUAAAUCGGUCGGGGAAGGUGCUGAACAAAGAUCAUCGUAUCCAUUUUCGUUAAGCGGAUCGGCACUGUGCUUGCUUCCACGCCCGAGUUCCGAACAACGCUCUGCAACCGCACAUAUUGGAGACACAACCGGCAAUGACAGGACGUCGAGGUUGAAUAUGCGAAGGCGACCUCAAACGUCGCCAGACGACCAGUCGUGCAAUCGGAACGCGACACCCUCUGCAGUUUCAACGACAUUGAAGAACGAUGGCAGAAGGAAAGAGCCUGGUGCUGCUACUGACAGGAAAGAACAACCGCAUGAACUUGAAGGCGAUAGAUCUGGUCCGAGCUGCAAGAAACCCUCCGAUGAAUCGAACGCAGCACCAGCACAUGACAAACGGCUUCAAAACGUGACAAAUUUUUCGUUCGAGCAAUGCGCCAAUACAAACACGACUUCUUGCUUAGCUGGAGGGGCGUCAGCAGCUAUCGAACCCAGGACCCAUCCCGCCGCACCGAAGCAUUCGCCAUCACCAAAAGAUAGUAUGGCGAAGAAAAUGUACAACUAGUACUAGUGUAGUGAGAGAGAUUAGAACAGGACCACAGAAUUGGAAAGGCGUGAUCAUAUGUUAUGUCGUUACAUAGUAUUGUCACUGUGCGUGGAUCAUGAGGAGGUGGACGAAACACUCGUAAUAAAUAUAACAGGAGAUAUAAAGUAGUAUAUAAAGUAGCAGUAGAUAUAAAGUAGCGAGGGUCCUUCUCUCUGGUUGUGGGUUUAUUUGGUGAACCGGUACCCCAUAGCGAAUAAACCUGUGCACACAACCAGAGAGCUGAGCACUCACCGGAGGCGUUGCACAGGGCUCCGGCCUGCCUUUGAAGGUGAGACCUAUGGGGCUGACAGGACGACGAUAGCGCCGGCGCUUAGUUAGUUUUAGCAGUUAGCAGGAUACUUUAGGAUACUUGUUGAUAGUCGCCCUUUUCUCUUUUAGAUCUUCCUCUGUCUGGUCUGUCUUUUUUCUAGUUAGGUCGGCUCCACCACAAAUAUAACAGGAGUCAUAAUGUCUCUAAUCCAGCACCGGGAGCUACAUCAAGCCUCUUGAUAGGGAGACGUCGAUUGGUACUUCGUAAUGCGUUGGGGAGCUAUGCUGCGCGGCGCGACCCCGCAUCGAAAUUCGAACUGGGAGGCCUUGUCGCAGCAACAGACCCGGGCAGGUCCAGUCCGGCGGAGCAGCCUAUGAGCUCUCUCUUAGCAGCAGGUUUGGAAGUAGACGGGCACCAUGAAGUGGAGAAACACGGUAAUCAUGUGGAGAAGCAGGACGUUGUGAAUGAACAAGAAGGAAUGCCUGAUGAAGAUGAGGAGCAGGAAAUGAAUGGCGACGCUCCUCCUGUCAGCGCUUCAAUCGGACGAGAGCAAGCUCCUCAGGAGAAGACAACGACCCCUGCAAGCGUAGAACAAGUUGCGAUGGAGAAGCGACAGCCAGGAGUAUUUUGUGUGGGUUCUUCUACGUUUGUUACUGACCUCGCUGAUGUAGAAGAAGAAGAAGCGCAAGGCGGUGGAGAGUUUGUCGCUGUUGGGCGUAAUAACCAGAAAGUGUCGGACGAGGACAUUAUUCUUGGAAAAUCGGCACUCGUCGCGCAUGAAAGAGCACAAGAACCAAAGAUAAUCACGAGUGGGACAGUUUCAUUAGCAUCGCCUGCUCACUCUUCUCUCUCGACGCAUCCUUUCCGUGCGGAGCAAGAGCAACAACGAGUCACCUCAGAUCAAGUCGGAGACCACAGGGCUCCCGCGGACCUACCUGCUCGAACGAGGGUCGUGGACAAUAGAAGAAGCGAUAUGCUGAACAAAGAAGUUAAUGGGAAGUGGACCUGGUCGGAGCGGGAGUACAUUCUUCGCGUGGUGCUAAGUCGGAUUCUAGAAGAAUCGAAGUCGGCUAGAGUAGCGAUGAAUCAGUUACGCUUGCGCAUCGAUCGGAGCAAACCUUUUGCGUGUCAAGGCUUUCGACGUCGCAAUGCAUACUUCAAGAAGAGCUGCACAUGCUACGGCAGCUAGUUUGUUUGGUAGCUUGUUGUAGUGGUACAACGAACCACUACCACUUGUUUGAACUACUAUGAUCACCAGACCAUGAGAAUACAUGCAAUACUAGAUUGGAGGAGCUUGUUCCUCGUCCGUGAGAUCAUACUGAUCGACUGAAGAUUAUUGAUUUUGAAAUCGAGGUCUAAUUACUUUCGGCAAAGGCGACACGCCUUUCUUUACCCAGCGAAGUCACAAAAUCUCAAGAGCAGGCAUCAAAACCGGAGGAUGCCGAUGCUUGCAGCCCAUCAAUAUCAGGCACCGGUAAUAAUACUACCGGACCCUCCAGGCCUGAUGCUAGUGAGUCGGGGAAGCACGAACAUAAUAAUGACCACCUUGAUUUUCACGUGCAUUCUUAUGCGUUGCGGUCCAAAAACAAUGAGAGCCAACCUACGGAACCUCGUAUAGGAAAAGGCGAUCCAGGAAACGGUGAUGUAUCAGCAUCCCUGCGAAAAGUAUCAAAAAGAGAACCAAAACGUCCCGGGCAGCUCACCUCUGCAGAAAUGCUGACCCACGUUCUAGCAACGAUGAAUAUGAGUGCGGACAAGAAGUAA